CCGUUAACUGUAAACAGGAAGUAAAAGGCGUUGAGCCAAAAGCACGAAGAGAAAAGCGGUAAAGUCAAGUAAUUUUACAGGCGUUUCAAGGUUUUUACUCCUUUUUUGUUACCUGCGUUACAUUUUCAUUACGUGCUGGAGCGUAGUCCCCUCCAAAUGGUGUCCCUGAUUUGCACUUUACAAGACCACCGCGAUGACGUCAACUGGUGCGCGUUCUCCGCGCAACUGCUAGCGACAUGUUCCGGGGACAAGACCGUGCGGGUGUACAACACCCGGGACUUCUCGGAGCUGGCCUUCUCGCCGCUGGAAGGGCACGGCUACAGCGUCCACUGCUGCUGCUUCAGCCCCUGCGGACAGUUCCUGGCCUCGUGCUCCACGGACGCCACCACGCUGGUGUGGUCCAUGGUCACCGGGGAGAUCGAGGCCGUCUUGGAGCAUCCCGGUCGCAGCCCCGUCCGGAUCUGCGUGCUGUCCCCGGACUCGGCCCAUCUGGUCUCUGGUGCGUCUGACGGUUCUUUGGCUCUCUGGGAUUUCCCAUCCAGGCAGCUGCGGAGGACCGGCUGCGUGCGUGACACAACAAUGGUGGCGUGCGCGUUCAGCCCGUGCGGCCAGAUAUUUGUCACCGGCUCCACCUACGGAGACCUGCGUGUGUGGGACCUGGAUAUGAAUCAGCGCCUCGCGGAGAAGAACGCCCACGACCUCGGCGUCACCUGCUGCACCUUCGCUCCAGACAUCUUCAGUGACGGCCAAGUUGUGCGGUUCCAUUUGGCGUCAUGUGGACAGGACAGUCACGUGAAGAUCUGGGCCGUGAACAAACUGAGUUCUGGAGCCUUCAGGAUGCAACUCGUGCACACACUGACGGGCCAGUCGGCCCCUGUCCUCUCAUGCGCGUACUCCUCAGAUGGACAACUGCUUGUCUCAGGCUCUGUGGACAAAACCGUGACUGUCUAUGACGCGAAAAAUGCUGCGUUGCUUUACACGUUGAAUCAACAUGAGCGGUACGUGACGGCGUGUUCCUUCUCGCCAAGCUCGCCGCUAAUCGCCACGGGGUCCAUGGAUAAGACGGUGAACAUCUGGAGGGUGGAAGAUGGAUCGAGUGGCCACGCUGGAAAGUCACUGCCUGAAGAGUCCACUGUGUCAUGUCAAGGGUCGACGUCGGCGGGUCGCUCCAAGCUGCUGGUCAGCGAUUGGUCGGAGGAGGACGUGUCGGCGUGGCUGUCGGAGGAGGGGCUCGGGUCACUGGUGGACACGUUCAGGACCAACAACAUAGACGGGCUCGAGCUGCUCGGCCUCACCAAGGAGUCGCUGCUGUCGGAAUUGCACAUAGAAUCAGUGGGCCAGCGCGGCAAAGUCCUGAGGAAGGUGGAGGAGCUGAAGAACGCGUCCGUGUCUUCGGGUGUUCCUGACGAGUUUCUGUGUCCAAUCACCAGGGAGCUGAUGAGAGAGCCAGUCCUCGCCGCCGAUGGCUACUCAUACGAAAAGGAGGCCAUCGUGAUGUGGAUCAGCACCAAGAACCGCUCCAGCCCGAUGACCAACCUGCCCUUACUGACCACUCUGCUCACCCCCAACCACACUCUGAAAAUGGCCAUCGCCCGCUGGAGGACCACCCACUGCCCCUGAAUCACUUCAGAACCAAUUAAGUGAAGACUACAACACGAUACAAGAUGAAAGUUUGCACUCUUAAUGGUCACGCUUGCCUCUUAAUGUUCCAAAAUGUCACGCCUGUCAUCAUACAUGCAUACCGUGUCUUAACUAGAGGUGGGCUGAGUUGUCCAAAUUACCGCGAGUUACUUUAGAAAUACCGUAAUUUCCGGCCUUUUUUCACACUCUUUCAACCGUGGGGUUUAUGGCGGGACGCGGCUAAUUUGUGCAUUUUUUUCUAACGGCUGCAACGGGGCACUCGACCCGAAAAGGUAAGAGUGAGACCAGUGUGUGUAUGCGUGUGUGCCGAGAAAGGGACUUUAACCAGUCCGGCCCUGUUUGCGCAGCACUAGCGUUAGCGAUACCGCGGCAGCGUUAACAUGGCGGCGCUAGCGUUAAACUCUCUGUGUACAGUCUUUCUUGGUAAAUAUCUCGUGUUUCAAUGUGGGCACUUGCGGCUUUUACAUAGCUGCGGCAUGUGUAUGUACCAAAUGGUAUUUCCUUUACCAACGUACUGGGUGAGGUUCAUAACCAGGUGCGCUCUGUAGGACAGGAAUUACGGUAUAUGAUCCAAAAAAUUAGCCCAGUUGAGUAGUAGUAUUCCGUGGGGAAAAAACAAAACCUCGCUACAAUAUCAAAUAUACAAUUAAAUUCUAAUUUGGAAAUAAUAACUAACUUGUUUUACCUUCUAAACUCGGGUAACUUUGAUUACCUAAUUACCGUAAUUUACGGCCUACAAGCCGGGACUUUUUUCCACACGCUUUCAACCUUGCGGACAAUUUGUGCAAGGGGGCACUCGAGCGGUAAAGGUAAGAAUGAGACCGGUGGAAUAUAUAUGCCGAGGAAGUGACUUUUACCGGCCCUGUUAGCGUUGUGCUAGCGUGUUGGUGCUGUGUUACUGUCGCGUCUCGGUGAUAUUUAUCGGUAAGUUUUCUUUUAACUGCCUGUUUAGCAUUUGCGCUAGAUUUUGUGUGGCGCUAGCGUUAAAACUUAAAUAUCACUGAGACACUCCAGUAACACAGCAGCAACACGCUAGCGCCUCGCUAGCGUUAAACUCUUUCUGUGUACUUUCUUUGUAAAUAUCUCGUGUUACAAUGUGGACAGGUGCGGCAUAUGUACGUACCAAAUGGUAUUUCCUUUACAAAUGUACUUGGUGAGGCUUAUAACCAGGUGCGCUCUGUAGGCCGGGAAUUACGGUAAACUGUAUGAAACGUGCAAAACAGAUUUCUGGUGCAUAUUAAAACCACAAUAAUAAAUGUCUUUUUUAUGUUUUUCAUUUUUUUCUUCUAAUAACUAAUAAUCAUCAUCUAAUCUGUUCUCCUUCCACCUUGCAAUAUAUUGAUCCAGCAUUUCUAACUGGACGAAUGAACGCUUGCCAGAUUAUUUUUGUGACCCGUACAAAAUUUGUGCUGUAACUGCCACAGGAAAUUCUCUUUCAUGUGCAUAUAUUUGCAUGUUCAUUUUUUUUCCUCCCUCUCCAUAAUCAUAAACGUACACUUUACUCUGAAAGUAGCAUAAACGAGGAACCAGAGGGAUCCUUAUUAUUUUAUUGUACCACAUUAUUGGUGACCACAUUCUGUAAUCCAUAGCAUGAAAAGUGUAUAUGAUAACUGUGGACGUUAUUCUCAUAAAUCUGUUAUGUAUACAUUCUUGACCGUUUUGUGUUCAAUAAAACCAAUAAACAACUCACAAGUUGUGGCCUAUGCAAAAAUAAAUCCAAUAUACAGUUAAUAUCGAAGCAACCAACAUUGACGAGCAGGUUUUUCUAUUGUCAUGUACAUAUUGGGAUGAGAAAAAAAAAUCAGAUGUAUUUAAUUUUUUUUUUUUUUUUUUUGAAGGCUGUAAUAUUGAUAGAGAACCACUAACAAGGAAAUAUAUCAUCUGCAAAUAUAGUGUAUAAUAUACAAAUAUAAAUGUUUUUUUUUUUUUUUUUUAAAAGACACUUGACAAUCAAAAUGGUCUUAACCUGCAACUGGCAUGAGCUUUAUUAUUGUUAUGAUUCGUGCGCAAAGCUCUCUUGGACUUGGACGUCAGCUAUCGGGCAAGCCACCGCGACUUCACGGACUCUUCCGGGUGGCGAAAGCCGAAAAGUUUUCCCCGACAGGCAAAAGCUAGCGAGCGGAUCCUUCGGAUGUCCUUUGCUUGAGUGACGAAGGUCGAGUGCAUCCUUGAGAUAUGACUUGAAUUAAUUGUGUAACCACGCAAGUUUAAAAAAAAA